UGAAUGUGAAUGCAGGGAAGGUGUUUGUGAAAAUGCCCAAGAGGAUUUUGUUUCGCCUCUUUUGAUUGAACUUGGUGGACGAAGAAUUGGGAUGAAUUUCUGGGUGUCAUGUUGAUGGAUUUUGUUUGAGAGGCAAGAAAAAAAAAAUGCAAAUAUGUUUUGUACUGUGGGAAGAUUGAAGAAGACGAUCCAGAAAAUGAAAGCUCAGGAAUCCGAGCAACCAACCGGCAACCGGCGCAAUGCCCGUUGGGCGGUGGGCGGUGGGGGGCAAACCUGUAAUUUACUCGAAAACGAGGCUAAUUAAUUUUGAGUAAUAUGGCACACUGCAUGCGUGCGUGGCUUCUUCUGCUAUAUAUGGAAGCUCUCUCUAUAGUGCUCUUUGCCACUGACAGAUUCCCCAAACCAAUCCAAUUUCAGCGAUCCUUCAACUGAAUUAAAUCCUCUUCUUCCCUCUUUGAAGCCCUAAUUCUUCAAGUUUUCUGUUUCGAUUCGGAGAUUUUGAGCGUUUUCAAUGGCGAAUCAGCUCGGCAAUCUGGUGGAAUCCAUAAAAUCCAAGGUGAAGGCACUGAAGAAGUCCAAGAAGCCAUAUGUUAAGAUGGAUAAAAGCUCCAGCGUCAAGGUUGAGAUCCGUAGCCGCAAAGCUCGCCUGUUGAUCGACAAGACCUUGAAGGUCGCCGAUCGCCCUGGCAAGCGUACCAUUUCUUAGUCUCUGUAUGAUCUCAACUCUCUCUUUUCAGCACAGCGCACUCAGGUUUUUAACGCUCUCUCUGUAAUUUACGCGUAGUUGCAAUUGCGGAAACUUCUGCUUUGUGAUUUGUUUUGUUUUGGAUUGAUCGUGUAGGCUUGCCGAUUCUGAGUUUCUCGUGGAUUUAUUCUAAUAUGGAACCGUUUCGGAUAAAUAGGUCUGGAACUAAACUUGUAAUUAUGGAUUGAUUGACGAAUAUGAAUUCCGAGUUUCUUCUUCUCUUCCUUCUAACUCUCUCAUUAUCCUCUACAAAUCUCGGCCUCAAUCUCGAUCUACUGCUCUGUUUGCGAUUAAUUUCAACUCCUCGAGAUGGAAGACUUCGAUUCGAAUCUUUUGAUUCUGAAUCGAACAGAAACAGUAGAGGUUGUUUUGACUUUGAUCGAAUACAUCGAUUCAUUUAAUGAAGUGGGAGAGUUUUCUGAAGCGAGCGAUUAAAUUUCUCUGUUCGAACUAUUUGAAAACUGUGAAAGGAAUCAAAUCAAUUUGAAUAGUUUGGGGGAAAACAAAUCUGUGACGGUUCCGAGAGAAAAUGGCCCACAUAAUUGAAGUGCAAUUAACGACUGGCAUGAAACUGCGUGCCCGAUCGUAUAGGACGGCAAAGGAUUGGGAUCAUUGGACGGCCCACACAAUUACGUCAAUCAAUUCUUCAUUUCAAAUGUCAAUAACAGAUUGUGCA